UUUUAAUCCUUUUCAGUGAAUGCUGGGCACUUCUGGUAGAGGUGGUAACACAGGGUGAAGCCAUCUUGCAGCAUUGCAACACCUGGCCUUACCUGAAUAUUGCACGGUGAGGUGAGAGCUCAGGAAUCGCAGGGCAUUUCUUGGCAUCCAGUGCUGAUUCAGGCUGAGUGGUCCCGAACACAUCAGAGUCGAGCACCCACACCGGGGUUUGCAGGACAGUAUGGACAGCUGACCCUGUUGGGUUCCCACGUGUAGGAGACGAGACUGCGGAGCUGCGUUUGAAACUGUUUACUUCCUUUGGGCCACAAGGAACUUAGGAUGACAGAUGGAAAAUGCAGACCAUGACGUUGCUGUUUGUAACGUGCUGUUUAUUGUAAUCACAUACUGUUUCUGACUCUGAGAAGCGCCGCUGUCUGGGAAGGUGCGGGAGUGCUUGGGGUCUGGGUAUGAGCUGAGACGGUGACCAUGGACUUCUCUCGGCUCCACACGUACGCCCCUCCGCAGUGUGUGCCCGAGAACACCGGCUACACGUAUGCACUCAGUUCAAGUUAUUCUUCUGAUGCUCUGGAUUUCGAGAUGGAACACAAAUUGGAUCCUGUAUUUGAUUCUCCAAGAAUGUCACGCCGCAGUUUGCGCCUGUUCACCACAGCACAUGCCACCGAGGACGGCCCGGCCGGGGACAGAGGGGCCAGGACUGCAAGGCAGCGCCGGAGUGCGAACAAGCCGGUGCUGAGCAUACACCACGCCUCCAGGAAGGCCCUGGCCUCGGCUGCCGGCCAGGGCUUCUCUAGCGGGGUGCGGCCGCCCGUGCUGGACGAGUCCCUGAUCCGUGAGCAGACCCAAGUGGACCACUUCUGGGGUCUUGACGACGAUGGAGAUCUUAAAGGUGGGAGUAAAGCUGCCCUUCAGGGAAAUGGCGCCAUGGCAGCAGGGCCGGCGGGGGCGGCCGGGAGCAAUGGCUACACCUGCAGUGACUGCAGCCUCCUCUCCGAGCGCAAGGCCUCGCUCACUGCCUGCGCCGCGGCCCGCGGCCCGUCCUCGAGGAUUUACUCGAGGGACAGGAAUCAGAAGCGUGUUGCCGAUAUAAUGAAUGAAAAAUGGGGUUUUGGUGUCUUGAUUGUCAGCGGUGCCUCUCUCUGCGUGGACAGGAUUUUGUGGCUGGCCAAGUCCUCCUCGUCAUCUUUUUCUUCAUUCUUAGUUCAACUUUUCCAAGUGGUUUUAAUGAAGCUCAAUUAUGAAUCAGAAAAUUACAAAUUGAAAAGUUAUGAAUCAAAAGAUCCUGAGUCAGAAAGCAAUGAAUCAAAAGGUCGUUCCAGGUCUGGCGGGAGAGCCCAUGGGAGCCUGCGCCGCAGCGAGGACGGCCACCUGCGGGUGCCCGGGGCGUCGCUGUGCCACUUCUUGGUGCAGACGCUGCAAGGGGUUGGAGCUGUGGGCUGGUGUGUGUCGAGGACGGUGCUGUCGGCGCUCUGGUUGGCGGUGGUUGCUCCAGGGAAGGCGGCCUCCGAAGCACUCUGGCGGCUUGGGAUCGGAUGGUACCAGCUUGUUACUUUGGUUUCUUGGCUGAAUGUGUUUCUUCUUACGAGGUGCCUUCGAAAUAUUUGCAGGUUUUUAAUCUUGCUCAUCCCUCUGCUGCUCUUACUAGGUGCGGGAAUUUCCUUGCGGGGCCGUGGUGACCUUCUUUCACUCCUGCCUGUGCUAAACUGGACACACGUGUACUGGACGCAGAGGGUGGACGGCCCCAGCCACGUGCUCACACCCGGUACUGCUCAUCUGCAGCAGCCCCUGGAGGUUGGUGACGAGGCUUUCCACUGGCAUCGGGUGAAUGAAGCAGAAAGGCAGACGGCCUCUGUGUCUGGACAGUGUCACAGCCAUGACCAGAAACUUCAAGAACUGACAGCUUCGCUUCAGAAGCUGCAGGCGCGGGUAGACCAGAUGGACGACAGUGCUGAAGGGCUCCUGUCCAUGAUUCAGAGCACGGUGGGGCGGCGUUUAGAGGAGGCUGGACUGUCGGGCUCCGAGAUGGACUGCGUGGCUGCCCACCAAGAACAUGGAUCGCGCAUCUCCCACUUGGAAGAUGUUCUCAGGAAACUGACAGAAAACUCUGAGGCCAUCCAGAAGGAGUUAGAAGAGACCACUCUGAGGACAGUGAGCGGGAUGGACGAGGCCCAGCGCCUCCUUGCCCUGGUCCGGCACCUGGAGCAGGAGCUGGGCCGUCUGAAGUCGGACCUGACCGCCGGGCUGCAGUGCACAGGCAACAGCUGUGAGAAGGUGGACACCCAAGUCCGAGAAACGGUCAGGCUCCUGUUUUCGGGUGACCAUCAGGAUGGCUCUCUCGAACAGCUGCUCCAGAAGUUUUCUUCUCGAUUUGUAAGCAAGGAUGACCUGCAGGUUUUACUGCGGGAGUUAGAGCUGCAGAUCCUGAGGAACAUCACCCACCACGUCUCCGUGACGAAGCAGAUGCCCACUUCUGAGGCGGUGGUGUCUGCCGUGAAUGAGGCAGGCGUUCCUGGAAUAACAGAAGCGCAAGCGCGCGCCAUCGUGGACAGCGCCUUGAAGCUGUACUCCCAGGACAAGACCGGCAUGGUGGACUUUGCCCUGGAGUCUGGGGGCGGCAGCAUCUUGAGUACUCGCUGUUCGGAGACGUACGAGACCAGGACGGCGCUCAUCAGCCUGUUCGGCAUCCCGCUCUGGUACCUGUCCCAGUCCCCCCGCGUUGUGAUCCAGCCUGACAUCUACCCAGGGAACUGCUGGGCGUUCCGAGGCUCCCAGGGGUACCUUGUGGUGAGGCUGUCCAUGCGGGUCCACCCGACCGCCUUCACCCUGGAGCACAUCCCGAAGACCCUGUCGCCCACGGGCAACAUCACCAGCGCCCCCAAGGACUUUGCGGUCUACGGGUUAGAAAGUGAGUAUCAAGAGGAGGGACAGCUCCUGGGGCAGUUUACCUACGACCAAGACGGGGAGUCCCUGCAGACGUUCCCCACCCCGAAAAGACCUGAAGGAGCUUUCCAGAUAGUGGAACUUCGGAUUUUUUCUAAUUGGGGCCAUCCUGAAUACACGUGUCUUUAUCGGUUCAGAGUCCAUGGAGAACCUAUCAAGUAAAGAGCAUGCCCGCGCUCGCACAUCUGUAUAUACUGGGACGGCCUGGAACACUGGGACCCUCUGUGAAUGCCGGCGCCGACAGCAGGACAGCGUUACCCUUCAUUCAAUGCUGCCGGCUGCUGGCAGGGCACAGACAUGGACGUGAUCACUGCUCUGACCCCCCGCUCCCUCUUCUGUCCACAGGAAACACUGCAUGCUGCGUGCCGGGUGUGCGGGGGCCCGUCAUUGCAGGUGACCUCUGGAAAUUCAUUUGAAUGUAUGGUUCACAAAGACACUUGCUUUUGGGGGGUGGGGGAUUUGUUUGUGAACAUAAAGCUCUUUAUAUUUGUAUUUGCUUGACAUCAGGAACAAAGCAGAAGUUAAGAGGUUGGAAGUGUUCUUGAAGCCGUGAUGGCCUGGCCUUUCACUGGCCCUUUACAAGGACUCCUGGGGCAGAUGGCGUUUAUCUGUUCAGCCCCGCACGUCUCUUUCAGGGAAGAACAAGGUCACCAAAGUUCAGAGCUCUGAUCCCCCUUCCUCUGGGGUGAGAUUGCCCCCAGUUCAGCACCAGUAGUUAUUUUAAGUCGCCAGGUGGGGAAAUACAGAACCUGUGGGCUUCUGCUCAGUGUGCUCCUCCUGAGGAGGCUCUUCUGUCAGGACGUGGCCUGCCUUAACCAGCCAGGAAUCCUGGAGCCCCGCCUGUUGCAGGCUGAAGUGGGUCUGCUCGGAAGGCGGCUGGCCUGGAUCCAGACAAGCGCGUGAACAGAUUCUCAGGUCUCCCCUGGGCUCAUCCCGGCAGACUUCCCCUGCAGCUUUCACUUCACACUAUGAAUAGGAACCAAGAAAUUCUCUCUCCUGGAUGUUUUCAGGUUCUGUUUUGAAUUUUGCUGAAAAGCAAACACUAACAUGAUCUAAAUCUUUCAGAGGCUUAUGUUUUUAUUCCACUGGUGUAACGUUAUCAGAGGAGAUUGUCCAGUGUGGCAAAUUCAUGAAACCACUCCAUGUGGCGAUUCCAUCUUUCCAGCAGCACCUUGUCCUGGCGCUGGGUGGGGCUGGCCUUGGGUUGCUGCUACUGUGGUCCGCUCUCUAAUUCCUGUGAGACAUGUUUUGGUUAUAAUUAAUAUUUAAUACUUAGAAUAUUUUACUGAGCAGACUUUAUAAAUGAGAUAUCUGCAAGGCACUCAAAGUGUUACAGAUGUUUUACCUUAAAAAUUAUUUAAGUUUUACUGGGUUAAGAGUUUUUUGGUGUACCAUACUUGUAUUUUCAGAAAAAGUAAAAAGAUGGUGCUGACUGGUUUUCUGAGGAGUUUUAUGUAUAUUGCACAACAGUCCUCAAAAUACAGAAAUACAUAAAGUAGCAUUUUUUCACUCUUGUUAGAUUUGGAACUCAUGCCUAUGCAGUUAAGUUGGGUAAAAUGUAUACAGAUGUUUCAUAUAUUACAGGAUAAAUAUAUAAAUUAAAAUUUCCUAUAUAAAAAACUAAAUUUGGGAGUUGGGGUGGAAAUAUUUUGAAUAUUAAUUUAUUUUUAAAGAUGCAGGCUAGGACUUUGUGCGAUGUAUUUUUGUAAACGCUUUUCAAAAUACUUGUCUUUGGUAGUGCUUCUUUUGCUGCCACCAAGUUGAUUAAGAUGCUAUUGAAAUGUUUAAAUAAAGAGUUUUAAUUUUUAAAAGCACAUGUGACAUUUCGAGUGAGUAAUAAACAGUGUAUUUUUUCCUCA